GUUCUUUUGUUCCUUCACCAGUGUUCUAAAUCCAAAGUUGAAAAUUCAUAAACCAAACCAUUUAAUAAAACAUAUUAAACUCUCUGCUAAAGGGUAAGAUAACAUUGAAUGUGCCUGUAAUAACUUGAUAAAUAUGAAAAUGUUGGAGACCAAAAUUAAUCAAAAUCAUUGAACCAGAUGCCCCACUUUUAGUGGUGGUGCAGUGUUAUUUGGCUUCCAAGGCUAUGUUCUUUUUUUGUCUUUUUUCUUUUCUUAUGCUGCUGUUUAGCAAAGAUAAAAUGGUUAACUGAGUUAACAGUAAUAUAUAAUAUAUAAUCAGUUUUGUGUUGAAGUUUUUUUUUUAAAAAAGGUAGCAGAUGCAUGCAUUGUAGUAUGUGACAAAAUACUAGUGGAUUCACACUAUAUUUUAUCUGCUAAUAAAAAGAGAGGUGAACAAUUUUUUAUGGUAUAGAGAAGCGCUAAUGGUAGGUGGAUUGGUAAAUAAAUGUACAAGUGGAUAUUGUUAAACAUUUUCCACCUAAUGAUCCUUUGUAAAGGACAUUUAAAAAAUGUAAAAAGUUGAAGACCAAAGGCACCGAAAGCAUCUCACAGACUUUGGAGAAAGACAACAAGAAGCUUCACAUGAACUUUGUCAUGAAGACCAAAGGCCAAAAAAGCAUAUGAAGGCAACAUAAAUUAUUAUUGGUUAAUUAUAAUAAUCUCAGCCUGCAACACAUUACAAUAAUACUUCACUUAACUUCUACCACUUCCAUACUCUCUGUCUUUGUGAGAGAAUUCUGAGUUUGGAGUGCAAACAGAAAUCGCUUCCCUUUCCUUACCUUUCUUACUUUCUUGCUCUUGUGAGCAUGGCUGCUGAACUUGUUGGAGGAGCUUUUCUCUCUUCUUUCCUCAGUGUUCUUUUUGACAGGCUGUCUGAUCCUGAGAUCAUCAACAUGAUGCGAGGAAAGAAGGUUGACCAGAAGCUGCUUCAAAGGCUGGAGAACAUUCUGAAUGUGGUUGAAGCUGUGCUGAAUGAUGCUGAGAAGAAACAGAUCACUGACCCUGCUGUCAAGAGGUGGCUUGAAAAUCUCCAAGAUGCUGUCUAUGAUGCUGAUGACUUGCUGGAUGAAGUCGCCACCAAAGCUGCCACCCAGAAGGAUCCACCAGGUAACUUCCUGUCUCGCUUUCUCAAUUUCCAAGAUAGGGAGAUGGUUACUAGGAUUGAAGAAAUCAUUGCUAGACUAGAAGAUAUUGCAAAACACAAAGAUAUCCUUCGUCUAGAAAAGAUUGCAGCCAAGAACAUGUCCGGGAGGAUUCCAUCAACCUCUUUGGUUAAAAAAUCUGAUAUAUUUGUUGGCAGGGACAAAGAGAGGGAUACCAUAGUGAAAUUGUUGUUAGAUGAUAGUAACAAUGGUGAACUGUCUGUGAUUCCCAUCGUGGGCAUGGGUGGGAUAGGAAAAACUACCUUGGCUAAAUUGGUUUAUAAUAAUGAAAAAGUGCAGCAAAAAUUUCAUGUCAAGGCUUGGGUUUGUGUUGGGGAGGAAUUUGAUGUUCUUAUGGUGACAAAGGCCGUGAUAGAGAAAACUUGUAGUCCUUGUAACUCAAAUGAUUUAGAUACGGUUCAAAAUCAUUUGAAGAAUGCGCUAGUGGGGAAGAACUUCUUGGUUGUUCUGGAUGAUGUAUGGAGCAGUAAUUGUGAGGGUUGGGAAAGUUUUCUAAUUCCUUUUGAAUGUGGAAGUGAAGGAGGGAAGAUUCUUGUGACAAGCCGUCUUGAUACAGUUGCUUCUAUGGUGAAAACUAAACAUAAUGAAGCUCACAAUUUGAGUCUGUUGGAUGAAGAAGAGUGCUGGUUAGUGUUUGCAAAUCGUGCAUGGGACCCUGCUGAGUCCCGAGACUGUUCAGAUUUAGUAGAAAUUGGUAGAAAAAUUGUAGAAAAAUGUAAAGGAUUACCUUUGGCAGCUCAAACCCUUGGAGGGUUAUUGCGAGGGGAAGAUAGUGAAAAUGUUUGGAAUGAUGUUUUAAAUAGUGAAAUUUGGGAAUUUUCUGAGGAGAAAUGCGGGGUUCUUCCAGCAUUGAGGAUUAGUUAUUACCACCUUCCUUCACAUUUAAAACGUUGUUUUGUUUAUUGUUCUUUGUAUCCGAAGGACUUUGAAUUUGAUAGACAUAAUUUGAUGCUAUUGUGGAUGGCAGAGGGUCUUUUGCAGCUACCAAAAAGUGGAAGCACUUUAGAAGAAGUUGGUUAUGGAUAUUUUGAUGAUUUGGUUUUGAGAUCCUUUUUUCAACAUGCUAACUCUAAUGAAAAUUCAUUUGUGAUGCAUGAUCUCAUGCAUGAUUUAGCAACAUUCUAUGGUGGAAAGUUCUUUUCUGGAGCCUUCGGACUCAAGAAUGCGGCCAAACAUGAUGCCAAAACUCGUCAUUUGUCAUAUGAUCUGAUCGACGAGGAUUCAAUCCCAAAGAUAUGGGAAGCAUGUAGUAGUUUAAAACAUGCAAGGACAUUGUUGAAAACCAGUUUGAUUGCAUAUGAAACAUUCCCAGAUGAAAGAGUUGAUUCUAGUCACUUACUAGAACAAUUAAAGUGCUUGCGAGUUUUGUCAUUUAAAUUCUUUUGUUAUGAGGAAGACUUGUUACAUGAUUCAAUUGGUGAAUUGAUCCAUUUGCGUUAUUUGGAUCUCUCUGGCCAACCAGUCAUGAUGUUGCCUGAAUCAUUGAGUAAUUUGUACAAUUUACAAACGUUGAAGUUGAGAGAUUGCAGUAACCUUAAAAAACUUCCCACCAACAUGCAAGAUCUUGUAAAUUUGCGCCAUCUUGAUAUUCAUGGCACUGAUUUGGAAGAUAUGCCAAAGGGGAUGAACAAGUUAAAAGAUUUGCAGUUUUUAAGUGACUAUGUUGUGGGGAAGCAUGAAGAGAAUGGGAUUGGAGAAUUGGGAGAGCUAGCAAAUCUUCAUGGGACAUUUUAUGUCCAGAAAUUAGAGAAUGUAAUCAGUAGUGUUGCAGCCUCGAAUGCAAGGAUGGAUGAGAAGAUACAUCUCAAUGAUUUAUCUUUGAAGUGGUCAUCAGGUGAAGAUAGUGAUAUUGAUGAUUCCCAAGUUGAAAAGGAUGUACUUGACAAAUUAAGGCCUCACAAAGGCCUAAAAAAGCUAAAGAUCGAGGGGUUCAGGGGUACGAUGCUUCCGGAUUGGGUAGCGCACUCUUUCUACAACAACAUGACUUUCUUGGAGCUGAGGGGAUGCAAGACUUGUUGGAUGGUUCCUUCUCUUGGACAGUUACCCUCUCUAAUGGAAUUGAGGCUUGAUGGAUUUGAUAUGGUGAAGAUCAUUGGUGCUGAGUUUUAUAAGAGUGACAGAAGUCAUCAUCAUCAUCAUCAUCAGACACCCUUUAGAUCCCUUAAAGCUCUGUUUAUUUCUCAUAUGCGUUGGUGGGAGGAAUGGGAGUCAUUUGAAUGUGAUGAUGCACCAUUUCCUCAACUUAAGCAACUUAGCAUAUGGGAGUGUCCUAAGUUAAGAGGUGAUUUGCCUGCUUUCCUUCCGUCUUUGAAAUCACUAUACAUUGAAGACUGUGAGCAGCUUGGUUGUUAUCUGCCAAGAGCUUCCAUCAUAAGGGAACUAAGAAUAUAUGGCAAACAGGAAGCAAGAAUGCAGGACCUACCACUUUCACUGCAACAACUAUCAAUUGAAGGAAACCAGCUUGUGGAGUCUGUUUUUGGGGCCAUGACCCGAACCCAACCAACCUCUAUCACAGGGUUAUGGAUCUCAAACUGCUCAUCAGCCAUAUCAUUUCCAGGGAAUUCUUUGCCUCCUUCAUUGAAAGAGUUGGGGAUCAUGAAUUGCAAGAAUAUGGAGUUCCCAAUGCAACAACAGCAUCAUCAUGAGUCACUAGUUAAAUUAACAAUAGAAAACAGUUGUGUUUCACUUACAUCCAUGGUGUUGGAAGCUUUCCCAAAUCUGACAUCUAUCACAAUCAAACGAUGUGAAAAUUUGAGAUCUCUUGAGGUGGUGCCACAGUCGCAGUCCCUCGAAGGAUUAUCAAUUGAAGGCUGCCCUAAGAUGGAGAACAUAGCAGGGGAAAGGCUUCCUGCCUCUUUAAGGUUUCUCUUCAUCAGUGAAUGUCCAUUGUUGGGUGAAAGCAUAAAGAGGAAGGACCUCUGCAUUUGGCCUACUAUUUCCCACCUCAACCACAUUUGUGUUGAUGGGAGACGGAUUUCAUGAUGACUCAACAUCUUAAAACAGAUUAUGUCAUUUGGUGAAAAAAAAAGUGAGACGAUUUUCACAAUGACAAGCCUCAACACAUUCAUUGGGUUCUAUUAUGGUACUGCAAUGCAGCACAUGAAGAAGAUCUUUCAAGUUUUGGAUGUAGUAAUUCUUUGCUGGUUGAGUACAUGGACAAGGAGCUAUGCAUAUAUAGUAGAAAGCUGGACCACUUUUAGAGCAUGGUAAAACAUGGUUUAUUUGGAGCAAGUAAGGCUGAAUGGCUGAUAUGGUGGUUCCAAUAUAAUGGAAGAAAUGAAUUCUGAGCCAUGUCAGAUUACUUUUGCACCAUGCCUUGUCUCACACCCAAAUCUAAGGCCUUUCAUUACCUUUCUUGGUGUUGCUCUUGCUUGCUUGCUCAUGGCCCUCAUUGGUUUCGAAAAAUACUGAAGCAAGUUGGAGUAAGCACAAUUUGGAGAGCAAAGGAACCUGGGCAAGAAUGAUUUCACAAGGCGCGGUCUCUGUAUCAAUGAGAAAGCAGAAUGCAUGGAAGACAUCAUCCUUGUAUAAAAUCAAAAGAAGAAAUGGAUGAUGUAGAACAGAAUUUGCAAGGACAAAUAAACCAAUCAAAAUGCAAAAGAAACACUAUCAAUGAUAAGGAUACAGUUGGAGCAGCCUGUCAAAAUAGGCAGAAAAAGGGGAAGGGAAAACCUUAGUUUUAUAAUUGAUUGAUAUUGUGCAAUCAUUUUUUUUUUCUCAAGUGUUUUCGUGUCUUCAUCAUUUCAUUUUAUUUUAAGAUAGCUGAUAUGAGUUAUUCUAUUCAUCAGAAAUAGAGAGCUUAGAAAGUGAGAAUCAAUUUCUGUUAUGAAAAAAAAGCUAGAGAGCUUGGAUGUGAGAAAUUUGUAUUUGUAUUUGGCUUGAAUUGGUAUUUGUAACUUGAAUUUGUUUAUAGUGAAAAAUUCUACCAUUUGUUGUGGU